UCAUCGAGGCGUCAGCCGCAGCAAAAGUUGCACACGCGCGUCAUUGACUGUGUGCUCCUUACGCCUUGGUCCACGAUCUCGAGAAGUCUUUGGAAAGGCAAACAGCCCGCUCAUGCGCCACGCAUUUCGAAUCCUACGCGCGCACCACAGCCUUCUGCCCUCGCGACUGCAUCAUCCAAACCAAUGUUUGCGCCCCUCCGGUAUCAGCAUUCACCUCCGAUCCCUCUGCCGGCGAAAUUACUCUCGUCGAAGCGUGAUACUUCGACGCGUGUCCCAGCUAGCGUCUUCCAUGCUUCGCAACGGCAGAAGAUAUUGGCGACAGACCCUACACCUCUGCCCGCCAAACGACCUCGACAAACACCCCGUGGUGAACACCCUACGGACGCCGUUCUUGUCCAGAAACGCCGCUCCUCUGGUCCCAAGCCGGUGCAGAAGACGCAAGCGCGUCCACGCAACCUACCGUCACAGCCAUUGAUCGACGAGUCAGUCGUUCAGAUCCGGCGGACGACGUUACCAGCUGGGCUAAGAUUCAAGAAGAAGUCUGCCGCACCGCCCCUUCUCGAAAACGGCACGAGCGAGGACACGAUCCCCGGCCUUGCGUCCGACGUCACUGUGCCUGCGCCCGACGAGGGAAGCACGGUGCAGGAGCGUCCUCUUCCUUCCCAUCUGCCAGGUCCAACAGCGCCUUCCACUCAUUCACCUUCUCCACCGCUACCGCACCCGACUCUCGCUGACGCCUUGAACGCCUGCAACGAGAACAAUUACUCGCACACGCGACGACCUACUCCCCCGAGUCGACCGUCCGUACAGGAGGAGGUGAUGAAUACAUCUACAACCGGACAUAUCCCGCAGAGCAAUCCUUCAACAAACCCCGCAGCGAUGGUUCCAACGAUCUUCUAUCCCUAUGGGAUGGUUGUCAUGCCCAUUGCUCUCUAUGAGCACUUCGUGCGUCGCCUCCAAAGAGUGAGUCAGAUGUGUCGAAGGCCUAUCUUCAACUGA